AUGGCUCUCCGACUUCCCGCUCUUCUCGACGCAAACGCCCCUUGGGGCCCCCCUUCUACCGUCCCUGAGGACCUCAAGUUCGACGACGUUCCUUACGCCCCCUUCUCUAAGGGAGACAAGCUCGGUAAGGUGGCUGACUGGGCUGCUGAGACCAAGGACGGUAAGGACCAGAAGCGAACCCAGUUCGGCAAGAACUUCCGAGACCCCUACCAUGCCUACGGAGCCUCUUCCGCUUCCUUCUUCACCAACGAGGAUGCUGAGGAGCUGUCAUCUUUCUCCGUGGUUGACAACGCCAAGAACGCCAACAAGCCCCGAGGAACUGCCACCGUUCUCAAGACUCGAGGAGGUGCUCCCCGAGGUGGCUCUUUCGCUGGACGAGGAGGUUCCCAGCGAGGAGGCCGAUUCCAGAAUCAACCCGGCCGGGGACCCGUUGGUGGCCAGCGAGGCCCCAACCCUCGAUUUGGUAAGAGCAAGUUCGGAUGGAGAGACUUUGACAAGCCCCAGCGAAUCCGAAACGCCUCCGUCGACAUUACCGACGACUGGACCGAGAUCCAGGAGAUCACUUACUCCGAGAUGCAGAAGCUCAGCUACGACGUUGCCCAGGGAGUGGAGAUUGAUACCUACGGAGACCUGUUCCCCUACGACCGAAAGUUCGACCGUACUAACAACAUUACCAAGCUCGCUCACCUCGGCCGAACCGUGUUCAACACCACCACCUCUGAGGACCCCAUCAUGCAGGAGCUCGCCAAGGACCCUGCCAACCGAAUCUUCAUCACUGACACCAUUCUGUCUCAGAUCAUGUGCACCACCAAGUCCGUGGCUCCUUGGGAUAUUGUCAUCACCAAGAAGGGUGAGCAGCUCUUCUUUGACAAGCGAGAGGGUGGUCCUCUCGACUUCAUCACCGUCGACGAGAACGCUGCUGACCCUCCUGCUGACUCCACCGACAAGGACAACAUCAACUCUUCCGCAAACCUUGGCUUUGAGGCUACUCUGAUUAACCAGAACUUUGCCUCCAAUGCUAUUACUGAGGACCCCAAGAGCAAGGUCUCCUACAAGGCCAACCCCUUCUCUAACAACGACUCCAACGUCCUGUGCCACGCCUACAAGUACAAGAAGUUCAACCUUUCGGACGACCCUGAGGGAGCACCCCUUAACCUCAUCCUCCGAACCGAGGUCGACGCUCUUGGACCUGACGGCACUACCCUCAACCUGCGUGUUCUCAACGAGUACGGCUCCUCCGAGUGGAAGAACAAGUUCAACACCGGCCGAGGUGCCAUCAUCGCCGCUGAACUCAAGCACAACCUCAACAAGAUCUCUCGAUGGACUGUGCAGAGCAUUCUCGGUGAUGUUGAUCAGAUGAAGAUUGGUUUCGCCUCCCGAGUGUCCCCUAAGGACAACACCCAGCACAACAUCAUUGGUGUUGUCAGCCGAGAGCCCAAGCAGUUUGCUGAGCAGAUCAAUGUCAACCUUAACAACGGUUGGGGUAUCUUCAAGUCCGUCGUCAACAUUGCCACCGCCAAGGACGACGGCAAGUACGUUCUCGUCAAGGACCCCAACAACCCUGCCGUCAAGAUCUACAAGCCCGCUGCUGGCUUUUAG